AUGGACCACCACCUGACGCCAGCCAGAUCGUACGACAUGGAGAAGAAUAAUUCAGUCCAUCCUCGCCAGUCCACUACUGAGCAGGUGCCAAAAGGCUCUCAGAUUCUCUCAACGAGCUCCCCCUUACCAUCCGACUCGGUUGCUACAGACGCUUUCCUUGGCCGCCUUGGCGGUGCUCAACGCUUCUCCCUGCCCUCUACAUCAACCACCACCCCAAGCACACCGGCCGAUGCUCUUCGCGAUCCGCCUUGGUCCUCCAUCCUCUCGUUCUCCGAUUUCCGCAACCCGCGGCUCUGGAAGCUGGCGCUGAUCGAAGGCGUCGGCACGGCCACCCAAGUAUUCCUAUCAGGUGUCCUCGGUGUUGCGGUCUUGCCCACCGCGACGGAAACCUCGGUCGGAGCUGUGUUUCCUGUAGCCAUUGCUUCGAUCGUUCAAAUCUUUCAAAUCAGUCUCUUCAUCUAUGCUGCCGGUCCGAUCACGGGCGCACAUUUCAACCCGUUAAUCACCAUGGGCACGUUCGCGGCGCGACUGAGCUCUCUGCCCCGGACGAUCUUAUACGUCAUACUUCAAUGCCUGGGCGCCAUCGUUGGGGCAUACCUGGUACGGGCGGCUCUGGGCCUGAGUCCAAUAUCGUUACACGUCGUGCCGGGCUGCUAUAUCGACUCGGGGCUGGUCGCACCGGCCGAGGCCUUCGCGUUCGAAAGCGUAAUGUGCUUUGUCCAGCUCUUCCUCGCGUUCGGGUUGGGUCUCGAUCCGCGCAACGGGACUGCAUUUGGGCCUUCUCUUGCGCCGAUCCUCAUCGGCCUGUCUUCCGCGCUGACACUGUUUGUCAGCUCAUUCGCAAGACUGGGGUAUUUGGGCACGAGUCUCAAUCCGGCGAGAUGUCUGGGGUUCAUGGCUGCCGGGGAGAGGUUCACGUAUCACUGGGUCCAUUGGGUUGGGCCUAUCAUGGCGAGUACCGUGAACGGGGUGCUUUACUGGUUGGUGCCGCCUUACAAGACCGGUUCUUCUUGA